AUGGUGCAGCAGUCAGGCUGCAGCAUUGUUGGGCGUUCACCACGCCAGGCGCAACUAGCUGCAGAGCGCGAGAAAUGCGACAAGGCGAAGAGGAAAGUCCGGCAGCUCCUGGCAAAGAUCUCGGAGCGCGACCGGAAGAUUGCAAACCUAAGCGGCAAGCUUGAGGCCGAGGUGGCUUUGCGCAAGUCGAAUGGGCGUCUCGGACCUAUCGGAAGGUAUGGCGGCGAGAGCCAACAGGCUGUUGCCGCAGACUUGGCCAAGCAGCGUGCAGCAAUCGUGGCACAGCUGGAAGACCAUCUGGCGCAGAUGCGACAGGACUUGCUCGAAUCGGAAUACGAGAUCCAGGAGCUCGAGUCCCGACAAAGUUGCAAGGAGGAGGAGCUGGGCCUUUUGGCGAUGUCCGACCGCAGCCCCGAACGCAUGCAAGCGUUGGCCAUGAUCGGCCUCCAGAUUCAGGACUGGUGGUGUGAAAAAGCUAGUAUACCACAGUCGGGAUUAGGAAAACUUGUCACGCACGCACACACACACACACACGAUAUCAUAUACUACAAUAUACUAUAA